CUUGUAUUGAGCAGGAUUUUAUUUUGAAACAGUAUCAACUUGAAUACCUUUAAUUGUUAAUCAUGAAUUCACUAAUCUUUACCCUGGUAAUCGUUAUUAUCGGUUCCAUUGACUACACUGUUGGUGGACCAAUAACAUUUGUUAUUUCUGGAGCUGAAAUGAAUGAAGUUUGUAACUUAGCCCAAAAUUUGACAGUCAAUGGAUUAUCUCGAGAUGAUAUUUCCAAAACUUUGGAUCGUCAGUUACAUAAGAUAUUGGGAUUAACUGGAUCUUUGAAGAAAUUUCCAAUCGUCCGUUACACAGGUCGAAUCAAGUCACAUCCGAUGCUUCGUUAUAAACGAGGUGAUGAAACUUACAUUGGAUCAGGUACACAUUCAGGGGAAGGUAAUACCGAUGCAGAAGAUGCAUCGGCUGGAGCAGUUACACAAACUGGAACAUUUAAUUUCAACGUUUCUGAUUUGAUCUACAUUGUAAUCGAUGCCUUGAGUUUAAAGGCCAAGAAACGAUGUCUUCCCAGUCAAUCACUUUGCUCUUCAAUUGUUUUACCUGAGACAAUUGAUCUACUUGAUCAAGAACAAAUUUUAUCAAUUAUCGAUCAGUUCGUUCAAUUACAGAACUCAUUAAUCAAUUGUGAUUCAUCGUAAUUAUUUACUGUCUCAAUAAGGGAGAGUAACAAGAUUACGAAAUAAAAAUUGAAAAUUGUAUUAAUAAAUUUGUCUUAAUAGGUUAA